AUGUCGGGAUGUCGUGAUUAUUUAACAUUGAAAGUUUGGGAUUUGAAUAUGCCUCGUCGACCAGUUGAAACUUAUCUAGUUCAUGAUUAUUUUCGUACAAAAUUAUGUGCUUUAUAUGAAAACGAUUGUAUAUUUGAUAAAUUCGAAUGUCAAUGGUCACCAAACGAUGACAUGGUUGUCACCGGUUCAUACAAUAAUUAUUUUCGUGUAUUUGAACGCGGGACUUCAAAAGAUCUACUGAUGGAAGCAUCUCGUGAAGCUAUGGAAAAUAGUGUAUGCGGUAAAUUAAAACCAUGCCAAGUGGUGUGUGAUGGAACUAUCGGCGGUGGUGGAAGCAGUAGUGAUACUUUCGCUCAAUCAUGGUCUGAAGGCAAAAUCAAUGUUGAAUGUAUGGAUUUAACACGUAAACUGCUACAUUUAUCAUGGCAUCCACGUGAGCAUACUUUAGCAUUAGCUGGUACUAGUAGUCUUUACCUACUUGAUUAUUAUCCAACUAAUCAUCAUCAUCGAUCCAAUCAUCAUGCAAUCGAAUCAGAACAAAUUGAUCACCUAAUGAAUGGUGAUACUAACAUUAGUAAUAAUAA